GCUCCGUGAGGCUGAACCCGGAGAGCGGGUGGCCGGGGCUAGGGCGGUGUCCUGCAGGGCCCGGAGGGGGCGGGGACCACGCUGGGAGAAGAGGCGCGGGGGCGCGGCCCUGUUGUUGGGGACCGGUGGGGCGGUGCGGGCGGGGUCGGGGAGGGGAGAAGGCGGGUCCGGGAGGGAGGGGCGCCCUGCUCCCGCCCCCGCCCCGACCGGCCCUGCCCGGCCCACGGUGCCGGUGCCCUGCAGGAGCCGCGGGCCGAGCGCCGGACGGCGAGGCGGGGCGCGGAGCAUGUGGAAGCUGAGCCGGAGCCGGGUGCUGCUGGACGAGCCCCUGGAGGAGGAGGACGGCCUGCCGGGGGGCCCGCCGCCCGCAGCCCCCACCCCGGGGCAGGUUCAGGGAGCAAGUUUCCGAGGUUGGAAAGAAGUGACUUCUCUGUUUAAUAAAGAUGACCAGCAGCGUCUACUGGAAAGUUGUGAAUCUCCCAAGUCCAGAGGAACUAGUGUAAGAUUAAAGGAAGAACUGAAGACAGAGAAGAAAUCCGGAUUUUGGGACAAUUUGGUUUUAAAACAGAAUAUACAGUCUAAAAAACCAGAUGAGAUUGAAGGUUGGGAGCCUCCAAAACUUGCUCUUGAAGACGUUUCAGCUGACUUGGAGGAUGCCUCGGGUAGCCACUCAUCUCGGCCUGGCUGGGAGGAGGGUACCAAGGGCUCGACCAAGUACAGCAGCCUGGCUGAUGCCACAGCCAGCUCCAGGUGGAGCCUGCGCUCAGCCGGGCGGCUGGUGAGCCUCCGCUGGCAGAGCAGAGGGCGCCUGGCAGACGGCCCAGAGGAGGUGGAGUGAGCGGAGCCAGCCAGUGGGGCACUUGUGCGAGUUGGCUGCGCGGUGGUGGUGUUUUCUUAGUGUAUGUUAAGUUGUUGAGUUUGUCCCAUAUGAAGCAGUACAGGCCCUCUACUUUUUGCCUGAUUUCCUAUUUCUGUCUCGUUGGCUGGUGAGCUCACACACACACUGACUUAAUGGUGAGAGCCUGGCACACAUACUCGCCACAGACCACGUUCUGCAGAAAUUAGAGAUGUGGAUUUUUUAUGCUGUCCUGUAAGAUAACAGUAAUGAUUUGCAGUUUGCCACAAAGCUGUCCAGCGCCCUCAGCCGUAAUUCUGUCUGCCGGCCGCCCUGCUUUUCUCUUGCAUGUAGCACACAUGUUCCACCCGGGACACAGACCUGUCAGUCAUGCGAUUCUCUUCUUUUGCCAGAAAAUUAUAGUCCAGGAGGUAAGGUGCGUCUUCCAAAGUUUAUAUCAUUUAACUUGGCAAAUUAAACCUUUUUUGUAUUGAAUUUAAAAAUAUCUAAACAAAUGCUGAAAAGCCAAAGGUUAUAUCUGAGCAUAAAAUGUCAGUAUCUUAAAAUGCUUGAGGGAUGAAUGGCCUCUUGCGGGGACAGUGGCUAUUAGGGGAGAUUUCAUUUUUACUUAUCCUAAACUUUUAAAUAUUGAUCAUUUUCUUUAAAAAAUUUACUCUUUUUGGUUAUAGAUUAGAGAAACGUGGGUAAUUUUUUGUCACUUGAUAAUCUUGUUUGGAAAACAUUAACUUGCUCAUCGCAGAGUUAAAACUAUCCUUAAAAUUCUGAAGUGCCUCUUCUCUAUGUACCCACGUGUUUGGUUUUUCAAGCGAGAUACUUACUGUGACUGACAUUAUAUCCGUAAGAAGUUGUGUUUCCCACAAGAAAAGCUUAAACUGCUGAUUUGAGAGCACUUCUUGCUUUUUCUGCUCCUCAGAUUGAUCCUAUACCCGGUCAGAUGUACCAGUCAGGUCUCUGUGGCAGGGUGGCUUUUAUCAGCAAGUGAUACAAACAUCUACCUUAGGUAAAAGUGGUUUCAAAGAAAAGAUGUAUUUUUCUUUGUUUUGGUUAAAAAUAAAACAAAAACCUUUGGUUACACCGUGCAUUCCCCUCAUGUAAAAAAAAUACCCUCCCC